AUGAGCUCUACUCCCAACCGCAAUGUCACCAGGCGCUCUAGCCACUCCGCCGGCAGUGGUGCAGCUCCGCUUCGUGCGACCGCCAACGCGUACGCUCCUGGAGCCGGUCAACACCUUCAGAGCCUGCAUGAGAGUUCGGAGCAGGACUCUUCCCGCUCACAAGUCCAGCAUGGUGCUAUCGCUGCACCUAUUGGCCAAGGCCACGCCUCAGGUAUUGAGGCAUUGCUCGCCACUGGCCCAGUCGCCGUUUACAUGACGGCCGAACGCGAGCGGCCCAACGCCAAUCCCCACAAGCCCGCCUUCCUUCAUGGAGUUGUCUUGGACUCCAACAAUCCAGACCAGUGGACCAACGUGGUCUUGCCUUACGUUGCCGGUCUGACCUUCAACGUCGCUUGCCCUCCCGACGUCCACUUCGCAGGAGUCAUGUUCGGAUCGCCAUCUCUCCCCGGACUCUACACCGCCGUCACCAAGCUCGAGCUACCAGGAUUCCACUGGUUUUCUGGAAUCGCCAACAACCGUCUCCACAACCCGAACCUGGAGAUGGCAAAGAAUCUCCCCAACCUGCGCGAAUUGACCUUCAGGAUGCACACUGCGGGUAUCACAAAGUCAGCUUUCGGCAGUGAGCGUGAGAUGAUCGAAUGCGAGAAGUUGGACCCGGUCAGGUCCAAGGAUCGCAAAUGCAUGCCAUAUGCAGACGUCGCCGCCAAGUAUGAUCUCGGCGCCCUCUUCGCAUGUCGCUCGCUCACCCAUGUUCGCAUCGAAUACAUCGACAGCGACAUGACCGCAAACGCCACCAAGGACCAGGACCCGGUAAAUGUCCUUUACGACAUCCGGGGUUGGCUGGGACAUGGUUUUGCCCAGCAGGGCCAGAAUGUUGUCGUCGACCUGGUGCGUGUCGCUUGAGAAGGGGUUAUGGACCUGAAGGAUGACAUGGGGAGGGAUGAUGGUUGAGAUGGUACCUGCAGAAUACCCUGGGGGCCUACGGGCAGUGUUUUGAUAGUCCGGAUGGAUAGGAC